AUGGAAAUCGAUAGGACUAAAUCUGCGGGUGAUGACGACGACGACGACGCGGUCACGAUUGGCGAGGCUUUGGAAGCGACAGCCCUCUCCUCGGGAAACAAGGUGAUUGACAAGAGUGACGUUGCCGCGAUACAAGCGGCAGAGGAUCGCGCGACCGGGCUCGGCCACCUUGUGCCUGGUGGCAUCGGCGCAGAAGCCGAAUCUGCGGCCGCACACAACAUGAAGGCCACGAGGGAUGAUGAGAAGACCACGCUUGCCGACGUUUUGACCGAUGCUAGUGAGAAAUUGGUGGCCGAUAAGGCGGUGACGAGGGAAGAUGCGCAGAGGGUGAUGUAUGCGGAGCUGAGGAACAAUGUUGAUCAACCCACGAACCCGGGUGGUGUAGCUGCUAACGUCGCGGCCGCGGCCAUGCUUAAUCAAAAGUGACUCAGUGUUAGUUUGUUUAUUUGAAAAUGAAUUGAAAUUUAAAGAUACUGCAUCACGGUGAAAUCAAGCUACUUUACCACUAGGUCAAUUCACACACACGACAAACAUGUUUUUUAUAUGUAAAGUAGUCGUUGGUUAAACGCUCUAAAUACCUUCUUCUGUGUGUACUGUGUAGGAGUUGUACCCCCUACAAUCAUACUAGGAUUGUUUAGGAUCGCAUUCUCGAUGAGUGUAUU